AUGGGUUGGCUCUGGGACAGUAACAAAGACGACCCCGUCAAGCAGCUUGAUCCAGGGCUCCGCGAGUACCUCGAGAAGGAAACGCCCGGAAAAUAUGAGCCUGCGCCGAGCCUGAAGCAACCAACGCCGGCACCCACGCCCUCGCAAACCCCCAAACCGGGCGCCGGACCCCAGGAACAGACAGAAGAAUCUACUACCAAGGUGCCGUCUGCUUCGCUAUAUCAAGAUGGCCGCUAUGCGCAUCUAUGGAAGACCUACAAACCAAUGGCUGAGAACGACAACACCGCGGAUCUGGGCGGGGCGAAUCGAGUAAUCGAAAAGUUCAAGGAGCGCGGAGAUACUGUGCAGCGGGCAGCAAUGGAGAACUGUGCGCUGGAGCAUGAGGCUUUGACAUUAUGCUUCCAGACAGGGAACUGGCGCAAGCAGCUAGAGUCGCGGUUGACAAUGUGCUCGGCAGAAAACGGAUCAUUUUCCAGGUGCUUCACCACACAGAGCAAAUUCCUCCAGGCCCUCGGCUAUGCCUCGUCCUUCCAAUACGACGCCGAAAAGGAAGAGCGAAUUCAGAUGCACGCCGACAAGCUCUAUCACCAAAUGCUCGACUACGAGCGACGUGUGGAGGCAGCCAAGGCCGCUGGCACGGAACCGCCACCCCUCAUGUCACUCUUUGACCCUAAGAAAGCCCCCCAGCCUGCGGGCAAGCGAUCCGAUCUUGACAUUCCCGGGGGCGAGGCCAUCCCGGAAGGCUUCAAACCAUCCAAGCCCCUGCACCACCUCACGCCACACGAGCGAGAACUGGAGAUUCGAGCCCACUAUGCCCAAUUGGAGCAGCACAAGAUGUAUGUGGCGGAGGCCGAGCCUUUCAUGAAGUCCCACGAGGAAAGCCGGGCAAAACGCAAGGAGAAGGUCACGAGCUGGCUCGGCGAAGGCAUUGGGAAAUGGCUGGGAUGA